AUGGCUACUCCAGCGGCUCCGCAGAACCCAAACGACCUGUUCACAAAGCAGCAAAAGAUUGGUCGUGGGUCGUUUGGCGAGGUCUACAAGGGAUUCGAGACGCGCACAAAGCGGCCGGUCGCAAUCAAGAUCAUCGACUUGGAGAGCGCUGAGGACGAAAUCGAGGACAUCCAGCAGGAAAUCUACAUUCUGUCGCAGCUGGACUCGCCACAUGUGACAAAGUACUUUGGCUCGUACUUGGAUGGGUCGAAGCUAUGGAUUGUGAUGGAGUUCUGCGGCGGCGGCUCAUGUGCCGACCUAAUGAAGCCUGGCAAGAUCAGCGAGGCGUACAUUGCCAUCAUUCCUGCGCGAGAUGCUCCAGGGUCUGAACUACUUGCACCACCAGGGCAAGAUCCACCGCGACGUCAAGGCAGCCAACGUCUUGCUGACAUCGAACGGCGAUCGACGCUGACGCGCAAAAACACGUUUGUGGGCACGCCGUUCUGGAUGGCACCCGAGGUAAUCAAGCAAUCCGGGUAUGACUACAAGGCAGAUAUCUGGUCACUGGGCAUCACGGCCAUUGAGCUGGCCAAGGGCGAGCCGCCGCACGCCGAGAUGCACCCAAUGAAGGUGCUGUUUGUGAUUCCGAAGAACAACCCGCCCGAGCUCGGUGGCCAGUUCUCGCGUACAUUCCAGGAAUUUGUUGCGCUGUGUCUGAAAAAGGACCCACGUGAGCGGCCUACUGCCGAUCAACUGCUCAAGCACAAGUUCAUCCGGUCGGCCAAGCGCUCGUACUACCUGACCGAGCUGAUCCAGCGCUGGGAGCGGUGGCGGUCGGCCCUGCCCGACACGCGCAACGAUAAGAACGACGCCAAGGCUAGUGGCAAUGUGGAGGAGGAGCAGGUUACAUGGGACUUCAAUUCGGUCCGCCAGAGCCUGCCACAGACGCCGGCAGCCCAGCAGCAGCAGCAGCAGGGAUUGCCACCUCGCAAAGCACACCAAUUUGGCCAGCACCAGUUGCAUGCAUCGGCGUCCUCGUCGACUACCAGCACGACAUCUUCGUCGAUUGUGUCGGCGGGCGGCAACACAUCGGCACUACCGGCCCCUCCAGCUAUCAGCACUGGCGGCAAUCGCUCGCGCAGCGGAAGCACAGCGUCCAAUGCAUCUGGCCACCACCAUGCGCUCAAUGGCCCGCGGAUGCAGCCAUCGUACGGGUCCAGCAUCCCGGCCAGUCCAACUACUCCGCAGCGCCAUCUCAACAACGCCUCGCCAAUCAACAUCCCCCAGUAUGGCGCUGGAACACCGGGUGCUAAGCCCGGAAUGGGCAGCCGCCCGACGUCGGCACACCAGUCUGGCUCGCCAUCUAGACUGCAGCAGCCAACCAAGAUCGGCACGACGCCGACACAGCAGCAGCAAUGGGUGGCCGUCGCGCGAGGACCUCUACCAUCGGAUUCUGAUGCCAAUGCUGUGCGAUAUGGAGCGCUUGACAAACAAUUCAAGGGAGAAGAACGGAUUCUGCACUCUGGCGGAUACACUGCGCAAGCUCGAGCAUGA